UACCACUUCCAUCCUUCCAGCCCACCGUUCGCUGUUCUAUUCUCUUCCAGAGACGCAGAAGCAAGCUUUCGGAUCCCUUUUGCCAGCCACAUCAUGACUGAGGCCGCACAGCUGACCGAUGAGCAAGUGGCUGAGUUCAAGGAGGCCUUUGCCCUUUUCGACAAGGAUGGCGACGGAACCAUCACAACCAAGGAGCUUGGCACUGUGAUGCGCUCUCUUGGUCAGAAUCCUACAGAAGCUGAGUUGCAGGACAUGAUCAACGAGGUUGACGCGGACGGCAAUGGCACGAUUGACUUCCCAGAGUUUCUGAACUUGAUGGCACGGAAGAUGAAGGACUCGGACUCUGAGGAGGAGCUCCGCGAGGCCUUCAAGGUGUUCGACAAGGACGGCAAUGGGUUCAUUUCUGCUGCUGAGCUGAGGCACGUGAUGACCAACCUGGGCGAGAAGUUGACAGAUGAGGAGGUGGAUGAGAUGAUCAGGGAGGCUGAUGUGGAUGGUGAUGGCCAGGUCAACUACGAGGAGUUCGUCAAGAUGAUGAUGGCCAAGUAAAGGGUGUUUUCCUGCACGUAUGGGACAGGGCUGCUUGGUGAAAAUUUAUAAGCUUGCCCAGCGUUUUGACAGCAUCUUGUGAUGCAUAACUAUGAGGUGGGGUCUAUUCUGCACCAAAUUGCCAGGGGUCCCCUGCAGCCCUCUUGAGCAGACAGGCUCUCAGCGCUGCUGCAGUCUGUGAAUAACUUUACUAUGCAGCAAUUUGGCAAGACUUGAAGUGUCAGAAAGAGCUCAAAUAUUGGGAUAGUUCUGUGCCUGCGCCUGCUCGCGCAGGAGCAUGCAGCUCAGCACUCUGCAAGUUUUCAUCAUAAGUGUAAGGUGUUUUCCACAUU